UUCACCCCUAACCACCCUGCAAAUAUAUUGCGCUUCCUAUACAGCUGUCUCUGACAAGAUUCUGCUCCUCAAUGCGCUCUUAUCAACAUCACUAGUACAAGAUGGCUAGCUUCAGCUGCUCAAAAUGUAGACUUCCCAUCAGCCUUGCUCCAGAAUUAGCAGACCCCUCCACCACCUCCUUCAAUCUCCUCCAACAGGCUACACCUACACCGAGACCUCAAUCCGGCGCACGCGCGUAUCCACCAUCACGCAAUCAAUUUUUACAAGAAUCUAUUGCAGAAUCAACCUUGAUGCUACGAGGUGGCGAUCAUACAAACGAAGCGUCGUCUCGUGUACGGCGUUAUGGAUCUCCAGGAAUCCCAAUCAUCACACAAAAUGCGCUACAACCCCUCGCACCAGCUGUGACAACGAUCAGCAACCCGGCUGAAUCAUUUGUCCUCCUUGAAGAUGGAUCAGCGGAUAGUGCGCAUCUGCGAGAUAGCGUGGAUGACCCACAUCGUCUUUCUCGAAAAUUACAACAAACCCGGACGUUGUUUGAGCUACUGUCAACGCGCUCUGAGGUGGAUUUUCCACUUUGUGGCGAGUGUACGGAACUCGUCAUCGUGGGGAUGAAUAAAGAAAUGGCACAAUUGGCACAUGAACGCGAUUGCUAUAGUAGUUGUUUGCGCAAGACUCGAGAAUCAACGCCGAGUGAGGCAGAUUGUGCAAAAGCAACACAAACACUUGCAACACUGACAAAGGAGCAAGAAAUGGCGUUGGCUGAGUUGAAGGCUGCUGAGCGAGAACACGCUGAGGUCUUGGCGGAAUUGGCACAACUCCAGCGUGAGAGUGCACAACUCGAUGAGGAGGAAGCACAAUUUUGGCUUCAUCGCAAUCAAAAGCUGGCAGAACUCGCACAAGCGCAGAAUGAACAAGAAAGUGUGCACGUGCGGUAUGAGCAUGAUGCGAGACAGCUUGAAAAGUUACAGCGCACGAAUGUCUACAAUGAUGUAUUUUGCAUUGGUCAUGAUGGACAUUUUGGUACGAUCAAUGGGUUGCGGCUAGGCAGACUGCCGGGACAUCCUGUGGACUGGACAGAAAUCAACGCUGCGUGGGGCCUGACACUGCUCUUGCUCCAGACGAUGGCUAGUAAGUUGGAAUUCGAAUUUCGCGGAUACAGGCUGCACCCUAUGGGUUCCACCUCAACCAUUGAAAAGAUUGAGCCAGCAGGUGGCAAUCUCUUGGGUUCUGCAUCGAGUGGCAGUGGUGUGACGAAAUCUACUGUCCUGGAACUCUUUGGGAGCACUGAGGUGAAUCCGUUGCGAUACUUUCAUCGAGGCAGUUUUGAUCGCGCCAUGGUGGCGUUUCUUGAGUGUCUACGGCAGCUAUGCGAGUUUGUGGAAACACAAGACGCAUCGCUUGAAUCACCCUACAAGAUUGAAAAGGACAAGAUUCGGGAUGCGUGUAUUCGAACAGCCUUCAACCACGAUGAAGACUGGACCAAGGCACUCAAAUUGUGCUUGACCAAUUGCAAAUGGAUUCUCGCAGCAGUGGCCAAAUUAAAGCGUACAUAAAGUCAUUCCUAGCAAAUAGCGCAAGUCGCAACUACGAAAUUCCACAUUUAUAUGAUCCCUG